AUGUGGAUUUCCAUUUGUUUAAGUGCUGUGUUCUUUAAUUUGGCAUUCGCGGCAUGUCCUGGGGACUGGCUAAGUGUAGCUACAAACGACACAAAUGGCAAUCCCAUUCAGACUUGCUAUAAGAUUUAUUCUUCCCAGCGAGUACCCUUUGGGUCAGCAGCCAUAUUUUGCCAAGCCCAAGGAGGGUAUCUGGCAAGAGAUACCUCGAGCUCGGUACACACUGUAUUGAAGCAAGCACUGAUGGAUGCUGUAAAGUCAAGCACCCACCCUACAACUUUCUGGAUUGGCUUAACAGAUAACAAUGGAACUGGCGGGCCUUGGAGGUGGAUAAAUGGACCAGUUCUGGGGACAUAUAAGAACUUUGCAAACCCUAAUGUCACCAACAAUCCUAACACGACCGAUUGUGUCUUCAUCAGUGCUGGAUCCACCAAUAUGAAAUGGUUUGUGACCACAUCAUGUAAUCAGUUGAAUUCAUUUGUUUGCCAGAGGGACUCAGAUGCAGCACCACUUGUAGUUACAACAAAGAGUCCUUUAAACUGCCCUGUAGGUUUUAUCAGCUUCCCAGAGCUAAAUACCUGCGUGAGGCUGUUCAGCACACCUAAAUCAUGGACAGAUGCUGAGGCUGUAUGCGAACGGUUUAGUGGACAUCUUGCCAAGAUUGUAAAUUCUUAUAUAAACACUUAUAUCAACAGUCUUAUUUAUGCACAGAAAAGUAUCUACUGGAUUGGCCUCAAUGACAGAGCUAAUGAAGGGAAGUUUGUUUGGCUGAAUGAAACUGUCCAGACCAACUUUACAAACUGGGACGUCUUGCCUAACAAUGGAGGAGGGAAUGAGAACUGUGUGGCUAUAGAUGGCAACAAAAACUUCAAGUGGGAUGAUGGAGAUUGUGGCCUACUCAAUAGAUUUGUCUGUCAGGCCAACCCAUUGGCUGGUACAGUUCCUCCAGGGGCUUUAACUACACCUGCGUCUUUCACAAAUUGUGAUCCAGGCUGGGUAAAUAUUCCCUAUGCAGACAACUGUAUUCAGUUCAACACCAAUGUCCUUUCUUGGAUGGAUGCUAGGUCGACCUGUAUAACUGCUGGAGGUGACCUACCAUCGAUAGCCAGUGGCUUGGAACAGAUAGCAUUAGAAGGGGAGUCAAUUUCUUUCAGUUCUGACUUUUUCUGGAUUGGAGCAAAUGAUAGAAGUGUACAAAAUGGCUGGCAGUGGGUAGAUGGAACACCUUUUGCAUUCCUCAACUGGGAUGAUGAGCAGCCUGAUGAUAGUGCUUCCUGUGCUGCUUUUGCUAGACUAAGUGGACGAUGGGAUGCUUUGCCUUGCCAGAAUAGACAUGGAUAUAUGUGCAUGAAGAAAGCAAAAGUAACUGUACCGUCUUUAGUCACAACAUCUACAACUCCAGCAAGAUUGCCAGGUGAUGUGACUUUUGGUUGUCCCAGUGGUUGGAAUACUUUUCGUGGUUCAUGUUAUAUUGCUGCUUCAUCUUCAACUGGUGUGAACUGGGCAGCAGCAAAUGCUUCUUGCAGUGGUUCUCUAAUGCAGGCUGCACUAGCAUCCAUUACUGAUAAUGAUGAAAAUGAUUUCAUUACAUCUAUGAUUCCUGACAGCUACACAGGCUCUGCAUGGAUUGGCCUACAAGACCCACUAGAGAACACUUUCACCUGGGAGGAUGGAACACCUGUACAGUACACCAACUGGAACCCAGGCGAGCCAAAUAAUCUGGAUAAUGCUGACUGUGUCUUGAUGUCAGCAAGUAAUGGUAAAUGGACUGUUGUCACUUGCGACAGGGUGGUACAAAUGUACAUCUGUAAAAAGAACAAAUACAUAUUGCCGUUUACAGAAUCUAAUGAAAAUCCAGGGUGCCCAAAUGGUACUCUUGGUCAUGGGACACAGUGUUACAACUUCAUCAUCACUGCCAGAAAUUUUGCUGAUGCUGAGCAAGAUUGCAAAGCAAGAGGAGAUCGGGGGAAUCUGGCCACAGUUUAUGGCGAGCAUGUCCAGGACUUUUUGACAGCACAGCUAAGCACUUUUAUAGGAAAAGCAUUCUGGAUUGGCUUAUCACAGACUGAUUCUACAUAUGGCUGGCAGUCACAUUGGCCUGUGGUGUCUCUGACGUACUGGGGGAAGAACCACACAGGCAAUGAAAAGUCAACCUGUGUAGCUUUAGUCCAAAAUGGCACCACAGCACAUUGGGAAAACUACCCUUGCAGCAAUGUAAUGUCCUACAUCUGUGAGUCCACACGAACUGGCUUCUCUACCCAGGUUCCAAUAACAGCAGUCACAAUCCAGCAGCCUUGUCCAUCUGGCUGGCUUGGCUAUGGGAGCAACUGUUAUAAUUUUUUUGGCACUGGAAUGGACAAGCAAACAUGGGCGGGUGCACAAAGUACCUGUGCAAACCAAGCACCUGGAGGUUCUUUGGCCACAGUCGCUGAUAAUGCCACACAGGCCUGGCUGCUUAAGACUGCUUUAAGUUCAUUUCCAACAAUGAAAACAAUUUGGAUUGGGUUGAAUGACAGAGAUUCUGAAGGAGGAUAUGCCUGGGCAGACAACUCUCCAUUCACUUAUGCAAACUGGUCACCAAAUGAACCAAAUAACAAAUUAGACAGAGAAGACUGUGUUGCUUGGAUCGUCCCAUUAAAUACUUGGAAUGACGAUUACUGUUACAUGCCUUACAGUUAUAUCUGUCAAGUACCGAGAGGAUCAGUCAUUGCCACAGCCCAUCCACCUCCAACUGGCUAUAUAACACCUCAGUGUGGUGACAGUUCCUGGAUAAUGUAUAACGGAAACUGCUACUACAUGGGCCCUGCAUUCGGCGUCGGUGACUUGGCAACAUGGUUUGAGGCACGCCAGCAGUGUCUGGAUAGGAGUGCAGACUUGGCUAGCAUUACUAGCAGUGAUGAAAAUGGGUUUCUGACUAUGAUGGCUAACAAAAUUUCCAUCAAUAAUUUCUGGAUUGGGCUGAAUGACCUUGACCUGGAGACCCUUGGAUGGACAGACAACAGUCCACUGAGUUAUGUUUCCUGGAAUGCAAAUGAACCAAAUGAUGCAUACGGUGAAGAGAAGUGUGUGGAAAUAAGUUCAAGAGGAUUAUGGAAUGAUGCUCAAUGCCAACAAAAAUUUGGAUAUUUCUGCAAGAAGAAGCCAGGAAAUUUUGUAUCUGUUCAACCUUCUCCUACCGAUACUUCCGGUGGAUGUCCUAGAAAUUUUGUCUCACUUCCGUCAUUGAGUUAUUGUUACUUUGUCGGUGGAACUACAAAUGCGACCAGCACAAAUUAUGACGGUGCCAUGAAAGCUUGUGAACAGAUGGUUCACAAAUCUCAGCUUGCCUCCAUACAUACUAAACUUGAAGAAAAAUUCAUCCUUGUCCUGGCCUCUGGUUUACGGCAGCCAGCUUGGAUUGGGCUCAAUGACAGAAUAAUCAGAAACCAGUUUCAAUGGGUGGACAGCUCUGUUGUGUCAUACAGCCACUGGGGACCUGGACAACCUAAUGAGAAUAUAAAUGAUAAUAGUCCUGGUGCCAGGCAAGAUUGUGUAGAUCUCCAAGUCAGACGGAAUCCUGGCACAUGGGGUGACAGAAAUUGUAACACCCCAUUGGCUUAUAUUUGUGAAUCCAAGAAAGGAUCAACACUGCCAACGUCUGCCCCAAACACUACAGGAUGUCUUCCAGGAUAUCAGCGGUUCAGUAACAGCUGUUACAAGUUUGUUCAGGAUCCUCUUAACUGGACAUCAGCUGAGAGUGUUUGUAAGGCGGAUGGAGGAAAUCUAGUUACCCUCAACAGUGG